AUGGGGAACGCAACCGGUUCAUUUUUCGCUGGAUUAGGUCAAGUUGUCGGCAACAUCCUCGGUCACCCCCUCGAUUUCCUCUUCGGAAAAUCCUGCGACUCCGUAUGUGCGUCGACAUGGGAUUUCAUCUGUUUCGUCGAAAACUUCUGCGUUUCGCAUUUGCUCAAGUUCGCCUUCGUGGCAACAUUGCUCUACUUUGUGCUCUUAUUCGUCUACCUAAUAUUCCAACUGGGAAUCUGCCAAUGCAUUUUUCGCUCCCUCUGUCGUAUCACAUGUGCUUGUUUCGCCACGUGUUUCUCCGCAUUCGAAUUCUUUUGCACCUACUUAUGCUUCAAGCUUCGACUGGUCAAGAGAAAACGAAGAACGAGAAAAAGGGACAUUGAAGAAUUCAGUACAAGCGAAGACGAGUACGAGUUAGGAGAAACUUCGAGAUUAAGACAACCUAGCACGAAUCUUGAACAUAGGAGGAGAUCACGGUUUGAUAAACGGAAAAACUUCAAAAACGAGCGUCUAAGGAGGUCGUUGAAACCUACUACUACCCAUCGAGCAAGUGUGGGGUCCGCUAGGAAUUCCGUUUAUAUAAAUAGGAGAAAUAUUUUGAAGAAUAUCGGUGAUUGUACAAGCCCGCUUCACCAUCAUAUUCGGGUGAGUAGGAGUUCCAAGUUCUUGAAUAAAGGAUCGAGGCGCAGAAGAAGCGGGUUCGGAGGAAACAAGUUUAAUUAUAAAUCUUUAGAGAAAUUUAGCUUUAGUUGCUGA